AUGGCAUCGUCCAUUGAGGAGAGCUUGCCACCGCUUCUGUCGGGGCACCUGCAACAGGAUGAUGGUGAUGAUGGGGGUGGCGAGGGAGCGGGGACCGCGCCUAGGCUGCCGCCCGCCCCGCCCCCCCCCCCCCGCGCGCUCGGGUCGCCUUGUCUGCCGGGCGCCGCGGCACCUGCCCGCGGCGGCGCGGGGGCCCCGCCCCGGUGCCACUGCCGCCGGAGCCGCGCGGCUCGCGGCCGCUCCUCGGCCGCGGGAGAAGGGGGGAGCGCGGCCGCUGCGGCGCCGGCUGCGGCUGGGGGACGCGGCGAGCGCGGGGACGCCGAGGCACAGAAAGAGGCCAAGCAGUGA